UUAAUAACGCCCCGGCCAGAUUUGUGUCUGAACGCCUCUAUUUCAGCACUAUCUCGAUAUGCUAGCCUUGAGCUGCCUGCUACACUGACAAGUUUCUGCGAUAUAGCCGAGAGUGGCUACGCGAGAGAGCAUCACAGCCUGAUAGCCUGCUGCUACCCCGGGAGAGGCGAUGAUGGCGGCGGCCGUAGAGAGAGGAGGAGUGCGGGCCGCUUUCCUGAACCCAGGUAGCGGCGGCGGGAUCGGUGGACCACCCCCUGCACCUAUGCCCUCUGCUCCCGGAGCCGCGGUUGGAGCGGGAGGCAUGGGUUCGAAUUCGGGUGGGUCGGAUGGUCCCAUGCCCGUGCCUAUGAAUCUUUUUGCGACAUGGGAAAUAGACCGCUCUUCUCCGAGUUGUGUUCCAAGAUUGUGCAGCCUGACCCUCAAGAAGCUGAUUGUCCUCAAAGAAUUGGACCGAGAGCUUAGCUCUGUGGUGAUAGCUGUCAAAAUACAGGGCUCCAAGCGCAUCUUGAGGUCUAACGAGUAUGUCCUUCCUCCAGAUGGACUGAUGGAGACUGACCUUGAGCUGACCUUCUCACUCCAGUAUCCCCACUUCCUCAAAAGGGACGCCAACCGAUUGCAGAUCAUGCUGCAGAGGAGGAAGCGAUAUAAAAACCGCACCAUCCUGGGGUAUAAGACCUUAGCUGUGGGCGUCAUCAAUAUGGCAGAGGUGAUGCAGCAUCCGACAGAUGGAGCCCAGAUCCUGGGUCUCCAUAGCAACGUGAAGGAGGUGCCGGUGCGUGCGGCCGAGCUCAGCGUGUAUUCCCUGUCCAGUCAGCCCAUUGACCAUGAGGACGGCAGCGGGCAGCCAGGGACCAAGGCCAAAGCCUUAGAUCGCUCCCCGGAUAUGGACAACUACUCAGAGGAUGACGACGACAGCUACUCCUCGGAGCAGGAAGCUAGCGACGAUGCUGUUCAACCAGUGGACCUGUACGAUGAGGAUGAGGAUGUGCAAAGGAAGCCAAAGAAAAACCGGAGGAAAAUGAUUCGUACAACAUCCAUGACAAGGCAACCCAAUUUCAAACAGAAGUUUGUGGCCCUGUUGAAGAGAUUCAAAGUGACGGAUGAGGUUCUGGACUCGGACCCAGUGGACCAAACCCAGGAGGUGGAGGAGGAUCUGGACCUGCUCUAUGAUAGUCUGGAGGUUUACAACCAGAGUGACAGUGGCCCUGAGAUGGAGGACAACGAGAGUGUCCUCAGCACGCCCAAACCCAAACUCAAGCCCUUCUUUGAGGGAAUGUCCCAUUCGAGCUCCCAGACUGAGAUUGGGAGUCUACACAGUCAGAAGAGCCAGCCCAGGGACCUGGCCAGCAUCGGUGGAGAGCUGCUGUCCCCGGACAGGGCCAAAGUCCAAAUAGGGACCAAGUAUACAGACGACAGCGCCAGAUUGGAGUCUCCUGCAGGGGACGCGGAGGAUGAGGAGACUAGGGCUGGCACAGGGUCAGGGGAGGCUAACCCCACUCCCAUCAGCUGGGACCUGAGCACGGACAAACUGCCCGGCCCAGUGGCCAAACUCUGCAAGACCGAGUCCCAGACACUCAUGUCGCCGAGUAAAACAGAGAACAAGCUGCAGAGGCGUCCUAGGAGCACAUCCAUGAAGGACCGACAGAACUCCAAGGCCCAGAGUGACAGGACCAGCAGCAUCGACAGCGAGACAUCCCCGGAAUCCAGGAUCGCUGUCCAGGUCCCCAGGAAGUCAGUGUAUGACCAGCUAAACCAGAUCCUUAUCUCCGACGAGCAGCUCCCCGAGAGCAUCAUCCUCAUCAACACCACAGACUGGCAGGGCCAGUAUCUAUCUGAGAUUCUCCAUGAGCACAGCCAGCCUAUCGUGUGCACCAUCUCUGGAGCGGAUGUCCAUGCGGCCUUCAACACCAUAGUCACCAGGAUCCAGAGAUUCUGUAACUGCAAUGCCCAGACACCCCCCACCAUCAAAGUGGCAGUGGCCGGAGACCAGAGUUACCUCAGCACCAUCCUCAGGUGCUUCGUGGAGCAGCUGGCCAACAAGACGCCUGAUUGGCUCAGCUACAUCCGCUUCCUGGUCAUCCCUGUUGGCACUCAUCCUCUGGCCAAACACAUGUCUUCGUUCGACAGUAAGUUCAACAACAUCUUCAUGGACGCUGGCUGGAGGGACUUGUUCGGCAGACUGGAGGCCCCAACAUCAGUUUCCAUAGACAACAUUGAUGUAGCAGGCCGCGUGUCUCAGUACCUGGCUGGGGCCAGCGUCUCGCACCAGUGUCCCAUCUCUGAGGCCAUGCUCACCUACAAACAGAAAAGGAAGAGAAGCUUGUAUUUUGAUUUUUACAUCAGCCCUGACGAGGACUCCUGUCAGAAGUUUGUGCCAUUCAUUGGGCUGGUGAAAGUGGGCAUCGUUGAGCACAACCUUUCAACCUCAAUGGACUCUGAUGAUGCUGUGAUGGGGAGCAUCAAUAUGCUGGCCUCCCCUCCCCCCCAGCCGGGACCACCCUACAUGAAGGACCUGACCUGCACCCCGCCCCCCUCCCCCUCUGUCUCAGCCACCCUCGCCGGAGCCGGCUCUCCGGUGACGGGCGGGGAGGUGAUGGGGCUCCAGGUGGACUACUGGGCAUGUCACGGCGUCGACAAGAAGAAGGAAGGCGAGAAGCGAGACGUGGGCAUCAAGAAUACCCUGAAGAGCAACUUCCGCUCGCUGCAGGUGUCCCGCAUCCCCAACGGGGGCGAGCUGACCCCUCCUCCCGGCAUGGCCAUGACCGUCGUCAUGAAGGAGAAGAACAAGAAAGUGAUAUUCCUGAGUAAAAAGCCCAAGGAGAAGGAGGUGGACUCCAAGAGCCAGGUGAUCGAGGGCAUCAGCAGGCUGAUCUGCGCUGCCAAACACCAGCACACCAUGCUGAGAGUGUCCAUUGACGGUGUGGAGUGGAAUGACGUCAAGUUUUUCCAGCUGGCCGCCCAGUGGCCCACUCACGUCAAGCACUUUCCUGUUGGCAUCUUCGGCUACACCAAGCCUGCCAUGUGACAUAUCACUGCCACCUAAACCCAAGUAUGGGUAGCUGCAGCCCAAUAUGGCGACCGGAGUAUGGGCAAGCGGGUGUGUCGAAAGGAGUGGGCGUAUGGAAAGCUAAUCAGCUAUUUGGGAAGAUUUGUUGCCACUCAAGACCGUUUUGCAUGGCUGAUACGAGUCAAUAAGCCACCGACCACUGCAGCGGUUUUGUAUCGAGGUGCCUGCUGACCGGAGGUGCUUCCAACUGGGCAGCCGUGUCACAUAGUCGCCAGUGGUAGCUAACAUGGCAAAAACAAAAACAAUCUCCCAUGAUUUUGUUUCCAAUAGGAUAGAAGCCUACACAAGAAAUAACUAAUAUUGAUAACCAUUGAGAUUUCACAUUGAUACAUACAUACAGUCUACUCAACACCUGGACACAGUGUCCUUGCUCCCGCUUUGCCAAGCACCACUGUCCCGAUGUGAGAAGUAGCUAUUUAGUAGCCAAUGUCAGGGUGACAGUCACAGUGAGCAUACGCAUACAAGCAAUAUGUAACGGCGUUCGUCUGUUGAAAGAAGAGAGUCGGACCGAAAUGCAGCGUGUAGGUUACUCAUGACUUUAAUGAAAUAAAUCGCGGUACAUGAAAUAACUGAAUACUAAAUACAAAAACA